UAAAAAAAAACAAACUUCGGUGAUAUCGACAGCGGUGGUGACUGGGUUCCUCUGGUGGUCGUGAUUCAUCGACGGAGGUGUGUUUUUAUACUUCAUUUACUCAUCUGGGCAAAGCUUUAUUUUUGUUUCGUCCUCCUUUUUAUUUGUCUUCCUCUUGUUAUAGCGAAUCAUCAAUUUUAGUUUCCUCACACUAAUCACUAAAUUUCGUUUGCUUCUCUUUAUAGCAUAUUAAAUUCUUCAGCAUAUUGUAGUGUAAAUCUUUGUAGUUUUAUCAUACUGAUUUUGUUAGUUUUAAAAGUCUCAAUUUUAAUUGCAUGUUGAUUUGUUAUGCUCUUGAUUUACAUUACUUCUUCCUCCAUGUUUGAUCUUUAGUCGAUAACUUCCGGUGGAAAGUCUGAAUGUUAAAUGGGUAAAUUUCUUAAUUUUACCAAAUCGGGUAAACAAAUUCCUGAAUUUUAAAAGACAUCUAGAUUUUUUUUAGUUUUAAAAAUCUCAAUUUAGUUAGUUUUAAAUUUCUGAAUUUUAAUUGCAUAUAGGUUUCUUGUGCUCUUGAUUUUACAUUCCUUCUUCAUGUUCUUGUUUUCAUUUUGUGUGAAUGAUUACUAGACAAAUGUGUUGUAUGAUGAGAUGAGGUUUGAAUUUUUAUCUUUACUAGUUGAAUCAUCAUCAUGUUUGGUUUCUUGGUUCUUUGAUUGUAAUAAGUUUUUAUUUGACAUGUGAGGUGCACUUCGAUUUAGUUAGCUUCUACAUGGAUGAAAAAUCAGGAUCAAUCGGGAUGAUAAACGAAGGCGUUGAAAAGGAGUGUCCUAAACGCAUUUUCAGAUAUGGUGAUGAACCACAAGUGAAGCAGAUAAACAAUAGCUGCAGAAUGUCUAUCUUGACAAGAAUCAAGGAUGCUUUGCCAACCGAGUAUGAGCAAGUGAAGAGUGAUACUAUCUUUGCAAAUUUGUUUGCCAUCUACGAAAAUGGUUUAGGGUACUCUGCUCGUUUGAUACACAGCAUCAUGUGUAGGCAGUUGAUCACAGAUAAGAAACAUGAGCUUUGGUUUGUGUUUGGAAGGAACCCAAUGAGAUUUUCGAUGCAAGAAUAUUAUGCAGUCACUAGACUCAAAUGCAAUGAUGAUUUCAGGUUAGAUUUGAAAUCUUGGAAUGAAGACAGUUGGAAGAAGGACAAAGGUUUUUGGGCUAGAUUAUUGAAGAGAGAUGGGGAGAUUACCAUUAAGAGGCUGAUGGAUGUACACCUAGUAGAAGCUCCAAGUGGGAACCUGAAGACAAGCUAAGAUUCAUAUACAUCAUAGCUGGUUUGGUAAUGGCUAAGGACGAGAAGAAAAAGAUCCCUCUCUCAUACAUCAAGUUGGUGAUGGAUCUUGAUAAGUUGAGAGCUUACCCUUGGGGUUUACAUUCUUUUGACUACCUUGCGACCUCGAUCAUGGACACAAGAAAGGAGUUGAAGAAGACCAACAGUUAUAUUCUUAAUGGCUUCUCCUUUGCACUUCAAGUAUGGGUUAUGGAAGCAAUUCCAGUGAUUGGAGAAUUGUUGGGAGAAAAGAUCAACAAGGAAUUCACAAACGGUGCUAGAUGUUCUAACUGGAAGGGAGCUGCAAAAGUGUCUUAUCAAGACAUUAUCAUCAUAGAGCAAUCAUUUGGACCAAAGGAUAUCGUCUAUCCAUACAUCUCGUGGUCAGGAAAUUUUGACAUAAUCGAUGAUAUAGAGUUUUUUAGGCGUGAUGAGAUCAAUGAUGUGGGAGUCAAAAACAUAAACGAUUUGGUGCGAUCUGGUUACGAUUUUAGAGACCAUGAGUGGGGUCAUGUUGAAACUAAUGAUGUUGAAGAAGAGAAGAUAGAGGAAGUUGUAAAUGAAGAUGAACAUGUUGAAAAGGAAAGUGAUGGAGACAAUUAGGGGUGUCAAUCGGGCUGGCCCGGCCCGGCCCGGUCCAAAACCCGUAAAGCCCGCAUAUGUUUGAGUCCGGCCCGGCCUGGUCCGAAAUAUUUCUGAGCCUAUAUUUCAAAGCCCGAGCCCGGCCCUAACAGGGCUAUACGGCUUUUCGGGCUUUUUCAGACUUAUCUUACCGAUAAAAAAUUCAAACUUAUAAGCCUCAAAAAAUAGUGUUUGAAGGUGCACUAUAAAAAAAUCAAUCAAAAA